CAAGCCUUAGAUUAUAAUGUCUUUAAUCUUUAAAAUACAUGCAGUCGCGACUCGACUUAGGUUGAAAAAAAACCCUGAAUUUCAGUGAGCCAUAUUGCACGUAAAUUAAAGUAUAAAACUCAAGUCGCGACAUUUCAUUUAUCGUUCACUUUUGCCAUACAUAACCCUUUUAACUGGGAAGCUAAGAAUGGCCGAAUCUUCUUUACAAUCGCAAUGUGAAUCGCGGAGUUUCUCGCUUUUCUGGGGAUCCGGCAGCGUGCCUUGCUGGCGAGUCAUGAUUUGUUUGGAAGAGAAAGGUCUGCGGGAGUACAACAGCAAGCAGUUGUCAUUUUUGAAUCAAGAUCACAAAUCUGAUGAAGUCGUCGACAUUAACCCACGAGGACAGGUAAGGUUGCCAUUUUAAAACUUGACUUUACAAUUUUUCAGUCUAGUAUAGUCUGAUUUCCCCUGAAGUAAUAUUGGGUCUAAAAGGAAUAACCCAUACUACUAGAUCUUUAGAGAAAUAAAAAGAGUCAUAUAGUUUAAUUAAAAUUACUAAAAAAUAUUUCUUUCUCUCUUCCUAUACAGUUACCAGCUUUCAAGCAUGAUGACACCAUUCUGAAUGAAUCCUUAGGAAUAUGUCACUAUUUGGAGGUUUGCAGCCUAUGGCUUUUACUUUUACUUGUUUCAUGUUAUUUUCUUCUGAUGAGUGAUGUCUUAAACCUUGGCAAACUAGGCAACAAUAUAUUCUGUAUUUAAAAGUCUAAAGCAAGUCUAAAAAUUUAGUUGCAUCAUUGUCUGUUUCUCCUAUCCCCACCAAAACAAAUUCUGAAAAUGUUUCGUUUACCAAGCAUUAUUUUUGUUACGGAAUCAAUGUUCCCUGUUUUUUACCUAACCGCGGCUAUUUUUAAGUCCACGUAUAUACGGGUUAUAACAUCACCUACAUGGACAUUAUAGUCAUUACCCUAAAUUAUAUUCUUCAAUUUUAGGAUACGUUCCCAGACAAAGGCACAAAGUUGUUGCCAGAUGAUCAAAAAGAAAAGGCCCUAGCUUUGCAGAGAGUUUAUGAGGUCUGUAUUUUGUGAUACUCUAGAGAAGGUCUUAAGCAGUGGCGUAACGGAACCUCCUAAAAAAUAAAAUUUUUUCGGACUAUGACAUGUAGAAAAGAAUCCGCAAAAAUUUUUCGCAUCUAUGUCUACUAAAAAAAGGGGUCCAAAUUUCACAAUUUUACCAAUUUCUGUUUUUGGGGGUGGCCCGUUGCAAAUUUUCUGGUCCUUUAUACCUGAGGCUCGGACCAAUUUUCCCAAUAUACUAGCAAACAUUUUAUGGUCAUUUUUGUCGGGGGCCUCCCAGGUUUGGGGACCCCGUCACUGAGCACCCAAACACCCCUCGGUUACGCCACUGGUCUCAAAGUAAAAUAGGAACUAUGAUUUGUGUAUUUUUGGACUGGAAGACUGCAUUCUGCCCUUUUCCGGCUCGAGGUAAUUUCUCUGGCAUUCCUAAUUCUAAACUGACUAAAUAUUAGGAUUUUUUACUUUACAGGCUCUAACUUUUCAGAGAAAAUGGCAACAAGUUUUGUAUUAUGUGGUUCACACUCCUGCCGAUGAAACAAAACAAGUAUUAUUUAAAUUAUUUAAUGAACUAUGAAAUUUCGAUUUUCGACCCAUCAUUACCAGAACUUAUAUUAAUUUAAAGCAUUUGCUUCUUCAUUAUUUCUAAAGGACGUAAUGACAAAAAACAAAAAGGAAUUGAUCGAAGAGCUUCAACUUUGGGAAACGUAUCUUCAGAGUGUACGUAUAUAAUUGUUUGAUUUAUGUUUAUUUUAAUUCCUUGGUUUCCAUUUCCUGAUCUUCCUACCAUAAUAAACGACUAGGUAGGGGCGGGAGAAAUAUUUCACUUUCUGGGACUGCAAAAGAACAUUGAAAGUUUUCUGCAAAUGAUGGAGUAAGUCGACACUUGGACACUAGCUGCACUGUGUGACGCUAACAGUUGUCAUGGAUGUCAUGCUAUAUAUUUUAACAAAAAUAUUUUCAGUGCACUGAGAGUCUUGAUAAUACUUCAAGGAAUACAUAAACUUCAUUUAGACAACAUGCAUCCUAAGUCUGAUCCUAUAAAGUAAAUACAGUUGCAAAAAAGGGCACUAUUGGGGGAGCAACUUUGGGGGAGCACUAUCAGGGCACAGAAAAUUACACCAGUCUGCAGGCACAGAAAAUUUUAAAAAUCAGGUGUCAUAGAAUCUAGAUGCACUUGCCAUACAACAUUUGUUACAUCAUUCUAUAGUCUAUUAAAUGAGGGAACGGACUAUAAGUGAUAUUUGUUGUGUUGGUGUAAUGUACUCAGGUGAAUAAGAUGUUGUGUAAUGUUACUCUGAGUGUAUAUCCACACCGGGCAGGCUUGAAAAAUAUACCUGGCCACUGUGGGAUUGGAACCUACGACCUUUGGAAUACUAGCCCAAUGCUCUGUCAACUGGGCUACGAAGGUUCGAAUCCCACAGUGGCCACGGGUUCGAAUCCUACAGUAGCCAGGCAUAUUUUUCAAGCCUGUCCGGUGUGGAUAUACACUCAGAGUAACAUUACACAAGGGACUAUAAGUGUUAAUUAAACAAUCAGUCAGUUCCCUCAAACAUUUCUUACAAUCCUUCAAAACUUAGAAUCUACCAAUGCAAGAUUCCUACUGUGAUCACAGAAACGUUUGAUAGUGUAAAGCAGGUUUAAUAGUUGACUGUCAAGCGCGAACGAAAGUUGCAACUCUCGUUAACUCUCCGGCAUCCUAGCUCAUUUACCCAAAUUAAAGUUUCAUCGUCCAAUCUUUCUCACAUCUAGCACAAAGGUGACUUCUAUCUCACUGGCAGUAAAUUCACAAUGGCCGAUGCUGUUUUCUUCCCACAAUUAGCUAUCAUAAUACGCAUGCAUCCAAAUCUCAGCAAGACUUUCCCACUCAUGGGGGAUUACUACAACAGAUUAUCUCAACGGAAAUCAAUACAAGACACGUGGCCACCCCAUUGGAAAGAAGUCGGCGGGCAGGAUCUUUUUGAUGAAAAAUUUGAUCCCCACGAUUUUGAUGUCACACGUUUCUUUGGUUAGACAUCUAUAACUAAAUCUCUAAACUUAUAACUAACUAAAUUUAUCAGUAUGAGAAAUUGUUUGAAACAAAUAAAGGAUAUCAAAGAGGAAAAUUAAAAAUUGGUGGUUUUGAUCGAAAUCUUGUCUGUCUUUCAAAACAGUCUUAAUUGUAUAACCAAACCAGCCAGCGCUGUAACCAAGCCAGUAAUACGCCAUACUGUGGUAACAGCGACAAACAAGACAGACAAGACGUUAAUCAAAAUCACAAAAACUGAAUAAGUUUUAUCAAGGUCGCCUAAUUUCGCCCAUGUGCACCCAAUUUUUUAACUUUGCCUAACAGUCUAUUCGCCUAAUGUCGCCUAAUUUUAUAACCAUUGGAUGGUUAUGCCGUUGACUGUCUUCGGCAUAACCAUUCAACUUGGAUGGUUAUGCCGUUGUCUGUCUUCGGCAUAACCAUUCAACUUGGAUGGUUAUGCCGUUGAAUGUCUUCGGCAAAAACAUUCAACUUGGAUGGUUAUGCCGUUGAC